GUUAGACGAUAUUUCAUUUUCGCUAAAAGUUGUCGAAUCGUUCAAAUUGAAAAAUAGCCCAAUAAAUAAUUCAAUUGACAGACGAAAAAAUGGCGUUUAUUGUACUAUUGAAGAUACUUCUUCUUCUUUUUCUUUUUCUUCCGAAGACCGCAAGUUUAAUCGAAUUUCAUUCAAUCGGCGAAGAACAAACUUUUUUUAUCAUAGAUAUUUGCAAAUUACACGAAUUGAAAUCUGUAAUAUUUUUAUAUGCCGAAUCUACAGAAGAAAUGGAAAUGGCAACGAUGAUAUUCAAAUAUAGGCGGACGCUAUCUCGUGAAGGAGUUGCGAGCACCAAUUUGUACUUUUCACAAUUGCAUGAAUCAUCGUAUUACUUAAACCACAUUGUACGACCGUAUUAUAUAGUGGUGAUCUCAAAUUACAACGCAAUGAAUCAGUUCUCAUUAGCAACAAGUACCUAUGACAUGUCUUCAGCUGUGUGGCUAGUCAUAUUCAUUUAUAAGGAAAGUAAUUCCGAUUAUUGUCACAAUCCACCAGGUAAUAUAUUUCAUUUAAAAUUCAACUCUGAAAUGAUGAUCCGUUGUGGUACGGAAAACAUUUUACGAGAAUGGUAUUCGAUUGAUACGCAUCAAAUCGAGAUUAAUGAUGUAGCAACUUGGAGUUUAAAGAAUGGAAUCAAUAAAAUGGUUCCAGAUUUUAUUUACGAAAGAAGAUAUAAUUUACAGGGUUUAAUCAUGAGAGCUACUGUAGUUAAGCUCUAAAUUUUAGUUACAACGUUGUAUCAGAAGUAAAAGAAUAUGGAAGGUGGGAUCCAGAAAGAAAAAUUUGGUCUGGA